GAAGUUGAUUAUAUUUUGGUGUUGCUUUCAUGAUAUGGUGGAAACCAUAUUUCCCACCUAACAAUUCUUUUUAAUAGAACAAAAGCGACAACUGACUUAGUAUUCCUGCUGAAAGACAAUUCCAAGUACACCACGAAGAAAGCUUAUAUUCAAACGAAAAUGGACUUCUGGAUGCGUAAUGUUGAUAUAGUUAUACUAAUCGUAUCUGCAAUUUUUUUUACUUUCUUGUGGCUUCUGAUAGUCUGUCAAGCAUCGCAGGUGUGUUCCUUUCGAAAUGAAUCUAAUGAGGAAUCUUCAUAUCUGAUCAUGGCGGAACACAGGCCUAACACCAACACUGUUAGUAAUAACAACCGUACUUAUAACCGAGUACUGGAAGAGUACCACGACAAGAGUUGGGAGCUAGACAGACCUCCAGAUUAUGAGACGACGGUGCGAGAAGAGAAUCGUUGGGCUGAAACUGCUUCCAGAACAGACUGUGAGACUACUAAGCCUACUUCCAUUUAUGUUCCACCUUUUCCUACAAAACCAUUUCCGGUGGCUCCUGCAUGCACGAUAGAUGGGUGUGAAAAAUAAUCUGGAACAGAAUAGGUUUGAUUGAAAAAUUGUUCGCUCCCAGAUUUGUUUGUUGAGUGGCGAAGAGCAAAUGAACAGUUUCAGUUUCUUGCUCGUGGAUGAGGGUAUUUUCGUAGUUUGCUCGUUUAAAACCAGGCAGAAU